CCUCAAACUCUCCUCUCUAGUUUUCAUCAUCCACCCCACACAUUGCCAAGUUUUCCUCCUAAAUAAGGAGCUCUAUGGCUAGAUCCCAUGCACUCCUCUUCCUCUCUCUGAUAGCUUUUGUCUUCUUGGGUUCUUCCUCCGCAGUACCAAGGAAGACAGUGGGGAUCUAUGAGCUCAAGAAAGGAAACUUUUCAGUUAAGAUUACCAACUGGGGAGCCACAAUCCUCUCUGUCAUCCUUCCAGAUUCCGAAGGGAAUUUAGCUGAUGUUGUUCUGGGCUAUGAAGGGAUUCGUCCAUAUAUUAAUGGGACUACUUAUUUUGGUGCAUUGGUAGGGAGGGUUGGCAACAGAAUUUCAGGAGCUCGAUUCGUUCUAAAUGGAACUGCAUAUAGGUUAUAUCCUAACGAUGGAACAAGCAGCAUUCAUGGUGGACAUAGAGGAUUUAGCUUCGUCAUCUGGACAGUCAAAGAAUUGGUAGUUGAUGGUGAAUUCCCCUAUAUAAAAUUGUAUUACUACAGUUUUAACAAAGAACAAGGUUUUCCUGGCGACUUAGAUGUCUAUGUGACCUACAAGAUCUCCGGUGCAUAUGAACUGAGUGUCACCAUGGAAGCCACACCACGAACAAAAGCAACUCCUGUAAAUCUUCUCCAGCAUUCCUACUGGAACCUUGGGGGACACAACUCAGGCUCAAUCUUAUCCAAUACCGUCCAGAUCUUUGCCUCCAAUAUUACUCCACUAAACGAUCAGCUCAUACCAACUGGUGCCAUUUCCUCAGUAUCUGGCACUCCUUACGACUUUCGCAACCCAAACACUAUUGAAAGCCGAAUCAACUAUGUCAAGGGUGGCUAUAAUAUGAACUAUGUUGUUGAUGGUCAGGGAAUGAGGAAGGUUGCGGUUGUGGAGGAUCGCCGGUCAGGCCGAGCAAUGGAGCUUUGGGCAGACCAACCGGCGGUGCAGUUCUACACUGCAUAUUAUCUAAAUGGUGUUGAGGGCAAAGGAGGGGCGAUAUAUGGGAGGUAUGGUGGCUUGUGCUUGGAGACACAAGGAUUUCCUGAUGCUGUCAACCAUCCACAGUUCCCUUCUCAGAUUGUGAAUCCUGGAGAGGUUUACAAACAUGACAUGCUGUUCAAGUUCUCAUUUUAAUGCGAGGAAAAUUAACCGAGUUUUAGGCUUCGUUUGGGAUGAUAUUUUUAUUGCUUCUUAAAGAUAUUUUUUAGUACAAAAAUUAAAAUUUUUAUAUUAAAAAGUUGCUUUAAGAAGCAGUAAAAAAAUUGUCCCAAACGAAGCCUUAGUCCUCUGUGGUUAGAUUGCAGGGAGCUUGGGAAUUUAGUGUUGGCUAGUUUUGCAUAAUAAGGCAUAUUCUCUUCAA